CAAAGAUGGAAAUCACGAAUAGAUUCUUCUUUCCUCUUACCUUCAAAAUCAAGUUCAAAGCCCUCCUUAUACUAUUACUACUACAACUCGUUGGAAGUGUGAGCGCCAUUAGAAAAAGAAAUUCCACCAUAGGAAGAAGGGAAGGGACUUGGAAGCUUCUCUCAAGGAACACAGGAGUGGUAGCCAUGCACAUGGCCUUGACACGUCACAACACAGUCAUCAUAUUUGACCAAACCCAAGCCGGCCGAUCCAAUUACCUCCUCCGCCGGCGACGUUGCCUCUCCAUCAGAUCUUCCAACCCUAAAGCCCUCCUCCGUGACUCCUCCUGCUGGGCUCACUCCGUUGAGUACGAUAUCUCCCGUAAUUCUUUUCAACCUCUACAGCUCGAAACCGACACUUGGUGCUCCUCCGGUGCUUUCUUGAGCAAUGGAACACUUCUCCAAACCGGCGGCCACGGUAAUGGUUACCGGAGAAUCCGACACUUCAAGUCUUGCUCCGGCGGCGGCAGCCACAGAAGAAGAAGAAGAAGCAGCUGCGGGUGGAGACGGUCUAAGGUUUUGUUGAGGGAUAACAGAUGGUUUGCUUCAAAUCAGAUACUACCACAUAAGGAUCAAACCAUUGUGGUUGGAGGCAAAGGGGUCUUCACCUACGAAUUCGUACCCAAAUCCAAAUCAUCUCACGAGCAUAGAUCUUUCGUUCUUCCUUUCCUACACUCGACUAACGAUGAACACGAAGGAGGGAACAAUUUGUAUCCUUUCCUUCAUCUAUCGUCAGAUGGGAAUCUUUUCAUCUUCGCCAAUAGAGAUUCCAUUCUCUUGAACUACAGGAGGAACAAAGUAAUGAAGACCUUCCCUAGGAUGCCCGGUGCUGGGUCCAGGAAUUACCCCAGCUCAGGUUCUUCUGUUCUUCUUCCUCUCGACCACAAGGACAGAUUCUCUAAGCUGGAAGUCAUGGUAUGUGGUGGUGCAGCCUCAGGAGCUUACAGGGCUGCCCUAGAAGGACGAUAUGUGGAGGCAUUGAGGUCUUGUGGAAGAAUGGUAAUCACAGGGAACAAACACAAGUGGGUGAUGGAAGAAAUGCCGGGCCCACGUCUAAUGAGUGAUAUGCUGAUUCUCCCUACCGGCCACAUCUUAAUCAUCAACGGUGCGAGACAUGGCUGUGCAGGAAGACACAAUGGUACAAGGCCAGCAUUGGAGCCUUACCUCUACAAUCCCAAAAAAAAAUUAGGAAGAAGGUUCAGGGUUCUCCCGUUCACAAGGAUACCUAGAAUGUAUCACUCGUCGGCCGUUCUUCUCCCCGACGGGAGAAUCUUAGUCGCCGGAGGAAAUCCUGACGAGAGAUACACCUUUAGAAACGUAGCUUUCCCAACCGAAUUAAGGUUGCAGGCUUUCGUACCUCACUACAUGGAUCAUUCCUUCCACCAUAUAAGGCCGAGAAACGUAACGGUAAGUUACACUCACGGCGGAGACGGUGCAAGAUACGGGGAAGAAUUUAGGGUACGGUUCAGGCUCCAUAAGAAAACGGAACGGGAUUUGAAGUUUAGUGUUUAUGCACCACCGUUCACGACUCAUGCGUUCUCAAUGAAUCAGAGAAUGUUGAGGCUGUGGUGUAAGAGAGUGGAGAAAGAGAAAGAUGGUUGGGUUAGUGCGGUUGUAGAGGCUCCACCUUCGCCCAACGUUGCACCUUCUGGUUAUUAUCUUCUCACAGUCGUUAAUGACGGAAUCCCAAGUAUAUCAGAGUGGGUCAAGUUUAUACAGUCCGAAUAGG